UAUACGUUACAAAACGAUACUGAUUCCUGGUUGGGUGCCGAUGACGAGCCACUUAGUGGUUUUUCAUGGAGGGGAGGUUCCGAGAGGGAUACCACGGGAAUAUUGAUGUGGUCGAAGGUUUAUCCUGCUACUUUGGCGAACGGUGAAAAGAUCGCUGUGAUUCUUAUGGACACUCAAGGCGCUUUCGACAGUCAAUCGACAGUGCGGGACUGCGCGACCGUGUUCGCGUUGAGUACGAUGCUGUCCUCUGUGCAAAUAUACAAUCUGUCGCAAAAUGUUCAGGAGGAUGAUCUUCAGCACCUGCAGUUGUUCACCGAGUACGGUAGAUUGGCACUGGAAAGCACCGAGAGCACGCCCCUCCAAAGAUUGCAAUUUUUAGUCAGAGACUGGGCUUAUCCGUACGAGGCCGAUUACGGUGCAAACGGCGGGAAGAAAUUGCUCGACAAGAGACUGAAGAUUUCCGACAGGCAGCAUCCGGAAUUACAGAGCUUGCGAAAGCACAUUAAGUCCUGCUUUUCGGACAUAUCGUGUUUCCUCAUGCCGCAUCCCGGUCUCGAGAUUGCGACGAAUCCGAGAUUCGACGGUAGAUUAUCCGAGAUACAAGCAGAGUUCAAAAAACAGUUGAAAGUGCUCAUACCGAUGAUACUGGCGCCGGAAAAUCUGGUGACCAAGAAGAUCAACGGCCAAGUCGUGAAAGCGAAAAAUCUGUUGGAAUAUUUGAAGAGUUACAUCAAUCUAUACAAAAGAGAUGAACUUCCCGAACCAAAAAGCGUGUUUAUGGCCACAGCAGAAGCUAACAAUUUAACCGCUGUAGCAGAGGCUAAAGAUUUAUACCUUCAGAUGAUGGACAACGUGUGCGGUGGAGCGAAACCGUUUUUAGCGACCGCUGACUUAGAAUCCGAACAUCAACACUGUAUGGACACAGCUCUUCGUCAAUUCCAGAAUAAACGAAAAAUGGGCGGAGAAGAAUUUAGUCAAAUAUACAUAUAAGGAAAAAUUGAUUAAGGUAACUAUGCACAUUUAAUUAACUGCCAGUUUCUUUUCUAAGUAUUUG